ACUGAACUGGUGUCGAAGUUGCAAAGUGCGUGAAGCUUUCUCGUCCCCAAAUGUUAUGCUGGAGGAAGUGCGCUUUCGUUUCCUACACAAACAUUCACAUCGAAAACAGAGCGAGGCAAGUUAAUUAUUAUUCUAGGCAUGGAUGGGUUCGACGCGGUCAUUUAUGCCUCGGUGUCCUCAGGACUGGGUGUACUUUGAUAAGUGGAUUGAGGAUUGAUGGGCAGGGUUACUUCCCGCCUCCACACUGAAACUCCCGGACGGAAUAAAGAGCUGGCUGCUUGCUGUCUCUUGUAGAAGGGAUUCAGUGCACGCUUUCACAGGCUGGAGAGAAGCGUUCAGCAGCCCAGCUUCGCCCACUGAACUAUCUGAAGCGUCUGUGUUUGUACCCGAACACUGUACAAGGACACCUCGCCGUCGCUGGAUGUAGUGGAGGGACGAGCGUUGUAUCUGCAACUUUAAAUACUUUUCUGCCAGGAGCAACAGCGGAAGGAUUUCAAUUGUAACAUUGGACAACCCCCUCUGGCCAACAUGGACAGGACACCUUGCGUACGAUGUGCUGACUGCGUUCUCUGAAGUCCGAGAUGCUUUAGUACGCCCAGCAGAUCCAUUGGGCCCAUGCUAACCGGUGUGGAGAUGUCUUUGGCCCAUAAUUUCCCAGUGAAUGAGAUUAUCAAUCAACACUAUAACUACUCCGGAAAGUUGGACAGGAGGGUGAAGGGCGGUUCUGCCACAGUUAAGAUUGUAAUAAUUCUCCUGGCUUGUGUACUGAUUGUGGUGGAGAAUGUGAUGGUCCUCGUGGCCAUUUGGAAGAACAAGAAGUUCCACACGCGGAUGUAUUACUUCAUCGGCAACCUUGCCCUGUCCGACCUCUUGGCCGGCGUGGCUUAUGUGAUCAACAUCCUGAUGUCCGGUGACCGGACUCUCACCCUGACGCCGAACCUAUGGUUCGUCAGGGAGGGGAGCAUGUUCGUCGCCCUGUGCGCGUCCACUUUCAGCUUGCUGGCCAUCGCCAUCGAGCGACACAUGACCAUGGUGAAGAUGCGGCCCUACGACUCCAAGAAGCAGUACCGCGUCUUCCUGCUCCUGGGGGCUUGCUGGAUUAUCUCCGUCCUUCUGGGAAUCCUGCCCAUCACCGGCUGGAACUGCAUCGGCCACCUCCCGUGGUGCUCCACCAUCUUGCCGCUCUACGCCAAGCAUUACGUGGCCUUCUGCGUCACCAUCCUCACCGUAAUCCUGCUGGCCGUGGUGAUUCUGUACGUCCGCAUCUACCGCCUGGUCAACUCCAGCGGCCGCAAGGUCACGGGGCGCAAAAGCCCUCACGGCGCCCAGUCAGAACGGGCCAUGGCGCUGUUGCGCACGGUCAUGAUCGUCCUGGGCGUCUUCAUCGCCUGCUGGUCGCCCCUCUUUGUCUUCCUGAUGCUCGACGUAGCCUGCAGCCCCAAGCAGUGCUCUGUCCUGUACAAGGCGGACUGGUGCGUGGCCCUGGCCGUGCUCAACUCUGCCCUGAACCCCAUCAUCUACACCCUCACCAGCCGCGAGAUGCGGGGCGCAUUCUUCAGGCUGCUCUGCUGCUGUUUCCUGGGCUCCCGUGUGGCCAGAAGCCUGCCCAUCGCGCCGACUGGCGACAACAGCAAGAGCAAGUCCAGUGGCAGCAACUUCAACAAACCAAAGGAAGCGAUUGACUCCCCGACCAUGCUGAUAUCCGCCUGUAUUGUCAAGACCAGUGACUUCUCCCUUGAGAAGGGGAAAUCAUGAACAUCCCUCUUGACGAGAAACUUGUGUUGGGACUGUGAUUCAAACACUAUUGGCAUCAAGUGUGAACACAUCAACUAUCAGCGUUACAAACUGCACAGUACGGGUGUCACAGGUUAUGGGGAGAAGGCAGGAGAAUGGGUUUAGGAGAAAUAGAUCAGCCAUGAAUGAAUGGCGGAGUAGACUUGAUGGGCCGAAUGGCCUAAUUCUACUCCUAUUCCUUAUGACAUCACAAUAGCACCACGGCGUUGCUGGCUUUCACUGGUUAAAGCAUAUGGUGACUGCAGCGGUCUUGUCCAUUCUCUGGCCCAAAUGUCACCACGUCCUAGGUACAUGGAGUGGUGGUGAUGUAUGCACUACUUACAGUCUGGUCCCUGACACAUCUCGGCUUCAAGCCCCCCUGAAUGGGGAGGGGAUCGGGAAGUGGAAGACACUAGUGAUUGUAGCAGGCAGAAAGUAAGAAGGAUCUCGACCCGAAACGCCACCCAUUCCUCCUCUCCAGAGAUGCUGCCUGUCCCGCUGAGUUACUCCAGCAUUUUGUCUCUAAGUACAAUCAUUAGGCAAGCAAGUUCAGGCACAGAACGACGUGGGAAAAUAUUCAUCAAGCGUGGUUCAGUUUAGUUUAGAGAUACAGAUACAGCGUGGGAACGGGCCCUUCGGCCCACCGAGUCCACACCAACCAGCAAUCACCCCGUACACUAGCAGUAUCCUACACACUGGGGAAAACUUACAAUUUUUACCAAAGCCUAUUAACCGACAGACCUGUAUGUCGUUGGAGUGUGGGAGGAAACCGAAGCACCCGGAGAAAACCCACGCAGGUCACAGGGAGAACGAACAAACUCUGUACAGACUGUACCCAUAGUCAGGAUCGAACCCGGGUCUCUGGCGCUGUAAAGCAGCAACUCUACCGCUGUGCCACUGUGCCACCCUAAAUCUCUUGUUUGCCCUUGUCUCACUUGUACCACACUACAGGCACAUAUGUAGCAUAUGAGGAUAUGGGGUGUAUCCUUAGUUUGGCCCAUUGAAAUCCUGCAUUGCUUGUAAGGGCCAAUAUUGGAUCUAGAAAAGCUUAAGGGACGUCAUGCUCACAAAGUCUUAUCAAUACCGAGGAGCAGGCCCCAACCACAGUCGAACCUUAGACUUACAAUUGGCAUGAAAACUAGUAAGUAAAUGCAGACUUGACGAUUGGAAGGUGCCACAUUAAGUACAAGUUAAUAUAGAUGGUUUUAGUAAAUCCUUCAAGGGGCCUGUUUAUUGUGCACUAUUUAUUAAAUCUUGUGAUUACCUGUUUUCUGUUUGAGCCAUGUAAAAAAUGAACCUUUAUCAGCAAUGUUCAUUUUGAAUUGUACGUAUGUUAUUAGUUAAAAGUGUGUCGUGGUCAUGGAGGCUAUACUAUAUAGAUUACCAAUGUACUGUAUGUCAAAGUAUUACUGUAUAACAGUGGACACGUGUGAGACAAAAUGCACUUUGAUUAAUAAAUAUUCUGUGAUAGCUUUA